AUUACUUUAUUACAUUGCUUAACAUUUUCUUAACAUUUGUCCUAAUUAGUUAAAGCAAUGAUUUUGUAACCGCUUUCAUUGUACUUUGGCUGCAUAUUUUCCAGUCAUUCUCUUCAAAUCUGAAAAUGAUGUGAAGCCACGCCCAUUUGCUGAAGAAUUUCAUUAUGGGCCAUAAAAUAGUGUCCUCUGCGUGUAUACUUCAUAUUUUGACAAAUUUAGUACGACAUCCGGGAACUUUUGUCAUACUAUGUCCAUAUUAUGACCAAUAAGCAUACUAUAUACUCAAAUUAAUGUCACAAAUAGUAUGAUUAGUACGGUUAGUAUGAGUAUUCGAACACCUCUUACAUCUCCUCAUGAUAAUACUGCACUUCUCCUGACAUACAUCUUGUUCUUGCCUUCUCAAGGGACGCCAUUUAAAUCGGCUGUCACAAUCUUUGUACAAUCAGCACAAACCUCCUGGAGCAGUCUGUACCUCUUCAAAUCCCUUAAAGAUUUUGUCAUGAGUUGCUGACCUUUAGUCAAGCUGGCACCUCUAUGGGGUAAUGCUUUGUGUUAAUUAUUUGCAUGUGGAAAGCAAUGCUGAGACAAAUGGAGGAGGAAUGGACGGGAAAAAUAGGGAGAAGAGGUCUAAGAGAGUGAGGGAAGAAGAGGGUGCGCUUGAGUCAGAUAAAAUUGUGGGGAAAAAGGGAGAUGGUUUGUCAAAGAAGAAUGGUAGAAAGUAAGCAGAGGGAGCUGAAGACAGGAGGAGAAAUGAAAGUGAAUGAGGGUGAAGUGUCAGAGGUGGUAAGUGUGGUAAAGUCAUCGAAGACUGAUGUAUGCACCGAGGAUCAGGAUGAAAAGGAGUCUGUGACAGUAGGAGUGAAGUUUAUGUAAAAAGUGGACCCUUGCCUCUUGGCUGAUCCAUUUGUGGUUUGAUGGUGGGUGAAAAAAUAGUUGGGUCAUGUGGAUUCGGUGAGGGUAAGUAGAAGUGAUACUUGUUUGUGUUUCUGUUGUGCAGAGGAAGAAUGUACUCAAAGUAAAACGAAUGGGGGUAAGUAAAGUGAAGUGUUCUCAAGAAAAAGGAACCAAUGAAAGGAGUGAUAGAAACGUUGACCAGUUGAGGGCAAAGAUCCCCGUUGUAUGUGAUGCUUGUCGUUUGAUGCGACGCAGACAGGGGACAGAAGUCAUUAUCUGUUCUUUUGAGUUCUGAAGUUGAGUCAUAAGCCUGACAAAGUGAAGUUAGGAUAUAUAAGUUAUCCUGUACAAGUGUAUGUGUCAAAUACUUUAAGAUGUUACAGGUGUCAAGCUUAUGGGCAUGUGGCAGCAAUGUAUGAGACAAGGGAAUGUGUAGUAUUGGGGAAAAUAGUGGAAUGUUUUAAUUGUUGACAUUUCCAGGGGGGGAUUUGUACCUUGUCAGCUCAGGGGUUUGAACUUGCAACCUUCCGGUUACUAGUCCAACGCUCUAACCACUAGGCUACCCUGCCACCCCAUGGAUGGAACAUUUAAUCAGUGGAGUAGGGUGGUGUUUAUUUUAUUUUAAUAAUUUUGAAAUGUGUGAGUAUAGUGUUAGAUAGUAGGGUAUUUAUUUAGUACAUUUUAUUUUUCAGUUAAAGUUUAAGGGAGUUGUACUCCAGUCUAGUAGGUGGCAGUAAUACAACAAAUUGGAUGCCAACCGCCGUUAAACAUCAUAGAAGAAGAAAGUUGUUGACACCCUCGUGACCACUGUCUGUAAGUACACGUUGGAACUCGACCCGGAAGCAGCGUGUACACUGCUGAAACCAAGGAGACAGCAUGGCGGAAUACACAGGUACACAUCACGACGGUGGGGCAGGGGACGAUGUGCCCGAUCUCUCAGACAGUGAUAAUGAGGAACAGUGGCAGUGGAUGGAGGCCAAUGACAACAACGUUCAAGUUACUUGCUUAUUCUGUGACAAGAUGUCAAAUUCUGGACCAGAAACACUACAACACUGCCUAGUUGAGCAUCAAGUCGACCUUGUAGAAGUGGUUAAGAAACACAAAUUAGAUGACUAUGGCUACAUCAAGAUGAUAAACUACAUACGAACAGAGAAGUGCAGUGGGCAGAGCUUGUCUACGCUGCCUGUGUGUUCUAUUCCCUGGGAGAGUGAUGAGUACAUGAGGCCAGCUUUACAGGAUGACCCCUUACUGCAGAUAGAUCUGGAAGAACUGUGUGAGGGGAAGGGGAUUUUGGCUGGCCCCUCUACUGGGGGCCAGUGUGAAGCCAGCUGCUCCUCUGAUGCUCUUCUGCAGAGGGCCCAGGCUGCAGAGGAGAGGGCCCAGCGCACAGAGGAGGCGCUGGCCAGAGCCAUGGACGACCUACACAAACUCAAGUUGCUGGCCCAGGGUCUAGUAUUGAAUGCGGAUGUGGGUCGGGGCACCGGGUCCUUGGGCGCCGUGGCUGAGCUCCGGGAGGACGAGGACGAGGCCUACUUCAGCUCAUAUGGCCACUACAGCAUCCAUGAGGAGAUGCUUAAGGAUAAGGUGCGCACAGAAAGCUACAGGGACUUCAUGUACCUCAACCCGGAAGUGUUCAAGGACAAGGUGGUGCUAGAUGUGGGCUGUGGGACGGGCAUCCUUUCUAUGUUCGCCGCCAGAGCGGGAGCCAAGAUGGUCAUUGGGGUGGACCAAUCAGAAAUCAUCUACCAGGCCAUGGACAUUGUCAGGUCGAACCAGCUGCAGGACAGGGUCACUCUGAUAAAGGGCAGGAUAGAGGAAGUCAAACUGCCCGUUGAGAAGGUGGACAUCAUCAUCUCAGAAUGGAUGGGUUACUUCCUGCUGUUUGAGUCAAUGCUGGAUUCGGUUCUCUAUGCCAGAGACCUCUACCUGGCCGAGGGGGGCUCAGUCUACCCUGAUCGUUGCACCAUCAGCCUGGCGGCAGUGGGCGACACGGAGAAGCACCAGGACCGCAUUGCAUUCUGGGAUGACGUAUACGGGUUCAAGAUGGCGUGCAUGAAGAGGGCCGUGGUGCCAGAGGCCGUGGUGCAGGUCCUCAAACCAGACACACUCAUCUCUAAACCUGCAGUCAUACAGGGGAUCGAUUGUAAUGCAGUGUCUCUCUCUGAGCUGGAGUUUGCAUCAGACUUCUGCCUAAAGAUAACAGACAGCACGGACUGCACGGCCAUCGUGGGCUACUUUGACAUUUUCUUCGACAGAGACUGCGGCAACAAGGUGAUGUUCUCCACGGGACCACAGGUCACCAAGACGCAUUGGAAGCAGACAGUAUUCCUGCUCGAAAAUCCCAUCCCUGUACAAGCAGGCCUUCCGCAACACUCAGUCAUCCUUGAUGUCAAGACCAGAUUCAUGGAGGGGUAUCCAGCGAUACAAGCAGCAGCCUUGGACCCAUGACUGCGAAAAGCAAUGACCAAGGACUACCUGGACCGUCUGAAGGACGAGGACUUCCAUAAGGCUGAGGAGUUUGUCCAGGUCAUGAGAAUCCUCUACACAUCCACUCUGUGUGUGUGUCAUGCGAAAAGAAUGCCACCUGUGGACAGAUCAUACCCAUCCUCCAAAAAGCACUUCACUGUGAAGCACGAAGAUACAACGUUUGUGGCAACCAUCAAAGAGAAGGUGUGGGAGAACCUCUCCGAGCGCGAUCAGGAUGAGGACAUUCAAGCCUUCCUGCAUGAGGCCACAGCAAUGGGCCUCAGAUUUAAAGGGAGGCCCGGUGAGUGACGCCACCUGGGACAGGCUGAGGAAAGCAACUGAUGAGGCCAAUGUGACUGGAGCAACACCAGGGCUGUCAGAGGAGCCGGAGAAGACACACAGAGCACCUGCAACAGGAGGAGGAUUCUGAAGGAGAGGAAAUGGAGGAGACAGUCCCCAUGGCUGAAGAUCCUGUGAUGUGGUGGUGGGAGAAGAGAGCUACUCUGUCCCUCCUCACAAACGUUGCAACAAGCUACCUCUGUGCUCAAGCCUCCUCCACCUCUAGCAAGAGGGUAUUUUAGACUGAGGGAACACAAUCAGUGAGAGAUGGCCGACUUCUGCCAACGGCAAAUAUGUUAAUCUUUCUCCAGAAGAACUGCUAAGAACUUUUGCAGCCUUACCUGCAUGCCCCACCCGUGUUGAUCUAUACCACUGUGUUUUCUUUUGCAGGAAAAUAUUGAUAAUUUAAUUUGUUUUACAUUUCCAUCAUCACAACAUUAGUCUAUAAUAGUGAUUUGUUCAAAACGUUGCUGUUUCUUUUGCUGUAAAUUAUUGUUAAUUUUAUUUAUUUUACAUUUCAGAAAAUAAAGCAAUGUUAAUUCU